GGGGAGAAGCUACCAUUUGUAGCUGACAUAACUCAUGAAUUUCACCAUACUUACAACUUGAGCCCUGAUGUAUUUUCCCGCAUUGUUUGUGGGAUGUUAAACACAGGUAAGUGAAAGGUGGCUUCUCGGUAUGAUAGAGAAAGUUUCUUAUUCAACUCUUGAUGAAAUGAAUAUUUAUUUUCUUGUGUCAGCUGUCUUUGAUUUCAGUUUCACUACAAUAGUUGAAAAUAUCUAAUGUGGAACAACUACUUUGUGAAGCACUGUUAUUGUAUGUCAGAGAGUGAUUUAUUUAUAUGUAUCCAUGUGUUUCGGUGUAUGCUCUAACAUGGUUAUCAUCAUUUGUAAACUAAUCGUUCAAAGUGCUCUACUCCCUUCAACUCUGUACACAUUGUUCAUGUAGAGAGGGGGCAUUUUUUCCAUGUCAAAUCAUGCUAUCCCCACCUUUGUUUUUUGUGAGGGUUUUUUGUUGCUACACAGGGUGUUCUCCAUCCCCAGGAAUAAAUGGUUUCCCGGGCUGACAGGUUCAGUUCUUUCCCAGUUAUUGCCAUUAGCUGUGAGCAGUCAAGAACACAUUCGAACCUGCUAUCUCAUGGUGACCUCAAUGUCACCAAUUAAUUCAUAAAAUUAUAAUUUUGUGUAGACAGCCUCCAAUCCUUCUAUUGUUUGUUUCAGGCUUGGGAGGCAAGUUUUACUUUGGUGUCGACGAGACUGGGGUUGUUACAGGUGAAAAACUCACCAAGACUAUCCGAGAUGAAAUCCGUUUGGGUUUAGACCAGAUCAUGUCCAAUGUUGUUCCACCAAUCUUCCACAUGCAGUAUGGGGUACGAUUCGUACCUGUUGUAGAGCCUCAACUAGAAAUGGGAAAUGAACAAGCGACUGAGAGUGAAGAGCUGUUUGUUGUUGGUAAGUUGACAAAACCCAGUGUUAAAAAACUCACCUUUCUGCUGGAAAUGACAUUAAAUUUAUGGCUGUAGAUGUUAUUAUUUUGGUUCUUUAAAAAAAAAAAAUUAAUUGAUGUAUUCUGACUUUGAAAAUUUUAUAAGUUUUAAAAAGAAGUAUAUAUUUUAGUUAAAAAGCCUAAUCAUUUUGAAUUUGAGGCUGCACAAUUUCUAACCUGGCACCACUAAAAAUUAUGCUAAAACAAAACAAAAACUGCAACACAAAAAAUGGUUUGUAAGUAUUACUUGAAUUGUUACUCAAAAAUAAAAUACUGGCCUUAAAGUAGGAAACGGUAAUGCAAACAUUUAACUACAGUUAACUUGUUGAAUAUAAUGCUUUGUUCAUUCCAGUGAUGAGCUUCAAGCCAGCCCAUAGAGUUAUAUAUUGUUGUAAUGGAGGGGAGUCUUUCUACAGGCGAGGUGCUAGGAAUCUGG